AUGGGAUUCGUGUCUUGGGUAACAAAGUAAGUUGUUGUGUUUCGAGUUGCAUAAAGGUUUGUUUUAGGUCCGGUAUCAAGUUGGCAGCCGUUGUAGUUGCCGUGAAAGUAUCUAUUGAUCAGAAGGUCUGGACUUUGGAGCCGGCAGAGGGUGAGGCGGUAUAUCAAACGUUUACGAAAGACGUUUUAAAUGGCGCCGUUGUUUACAAAGAGAAGGUAGAAAAGCUCGUAGAGGUUAAAAUUGUUCUUCUUAAUUUUAGCUGCCUUCUUGUGAAGAAGUCAAGUCGGAUAUGGGCUCGAAGUGGAACAAAAACAUUAAUUGUGCUUUUGGAUACCUCAACCAGGCUCCCGAACUUCUGAAGGAAAAGACUGUGUCCUUCUACAAGUCGGCUCUAGAAACCAAGAGUUAA